AGAGAGAAAAAAAAUAACGUGUUUUUUUUUGCGGCCAGAAGGGAGGCUAUCCCGUGAUGGAUUGUGGAUGCAAAGAACUUCGACAGACAAGCAGAUAUUUUUCGAAUCGCUUCUGAAGCUGCAUCUUUCUGCACAAGGACGCCGGUGAAGGAUGAUUCUUGGAACCAGCGGCGACAGGAGCGCGAGCGGGGAUGGUGUGAUAUGUCCAUAGACGGCGAGGGAGGGAGGGGAGAGUGCACGGGAAAGAAAGAGGGAGGGAGGAGUACUACACCAGCUAAAUAUGCUUUUUUUUUUUUUUUUUGUAGAAACACGAUGUAUUACAACCAUCCAAUCGAGCGUUUCACUUAAAUAGAGAAAACGAUUAUUUAUCGAAAGAAAAAUAACAUUUUGGUCCGAACAGAAACGCAAAGUGAAAUUGUUGACAGACGUUGACUGGGGGAAUACAGAUUGAGGGAAGUCUAGGCUAGUCCGAACGGGUGCGGAUAGCAGGGUGGCUGUUUUGACGCUCUGUUACCCUCUAUUUCCUGAUACCAGGCCCUGGGAUAAUCCGAAGAGUGCACCGGAUAUUGGGAAAACCACCCCUCUGAGGCUAUAACGGAAAAUUACUAUUCAUAUAGCCUGAAGGACGGAGCAGAGAUAGUCUACAUACCAAAAUGAGACAAAAAGAGGUGGAGGAAGACACAAAUAUGUUACGAUGAUAAGAUUCUUUACAAAUGUCGUUAUUAUGUUAUUAUAAGGAUCACUUAUGACAGCAUCGGGUGUAGGCUAUGAGGUGCAGAAUUGUGUGCAAUCUAGCCGUUAAAUUGAGCCUAUCUGAUGAAAUAGUUUUUGAUAGGCUAUUCCAGCUGCUUACAUCUAUCUGUCUAUACUAAUAUGAACAAUAGGACACAUUUAUUACGUCUAUUGUUAAUAAUAAUUGUAAUUCAUAAUAACUUCCGUUAUUUUGGACUUCUCAAAUAUGCACCUGUCAAAAUCUCCGUACGAGUUUCCCUCUUCCACUUUCUAACGUCCCCUUGUUUCAUUCCUGUUUAGUCAAUUCACGGUCGUUGAUAAUAAACUGAGUUUGCCGAAUUUAUAUGACGGAAAAUUUAUGCAAUAGCCGCAUAGAAAAGGGCAAGUGCACGGGAGUAGCCCUGCCGAGACUAUAGGCCACGAUAUUGUCAUCACGACUACAACCGCUCUCUCCAUUCCUCCCUGUGACAACAUCGCUAGGCGUCUGUAAUGUUAUUACCGCGGAGCCGUUCUGCCGCCAGGACCGACAGCUAUACAUUCCUCCUGAAAAAAACUGCGAGUUGAUCUCCUUAUCAUCAUAUCAUUUCGCUUUCAACGCACGGACAUCAUGACAAGCAAGGAGCUGUCCGUAGGCCAGUCGGCCCAAUACGUCGGGCCUUACCGGUUGGAGAAAACCCUUGGGAAGGGACAGACGGGUUUGGUGAAGCUGGGAGUCCACUGUAUCACGGGACAGAAGGUGGCCAUAAAGAUUGUGAACCGAGAGAAGCUGUCCGAGUCUGUCCUCAUGAAGGUGGAGAGGGAGAUAGCUAUACUAAAACUAAUAGAGCACCCUCAUGUGCUGAAGCUGCAUGAUGUUUAUGAGAAUAACAAAUACCUGUAUCUGGUGUUGGAGCAUGUCUCAGGAGGAGAGUUAUUUGACUACCUGGUGAAGAAGGGCAGACUGACGCCUAAAGAGGCCAGGAAGUUCUUCAGACAGAUCAUCUCAGCGCUGGACUUCUGCCACAGCCACUCUAUAUGUCAUAGAGACCUGAAGCCUGAGAACCUGCUCCUGGAUGAGAAGAACAACAUCCGCAUCGCUGACUUCGGCAUGGCUUCCCUACAGGUGGGAGACAGCCUGCUAGAGACCAGCUGUGGAUCUCCUCACUACGCGUGUCCAGAAGUUAUCCGAGGGGAGAAGUAUGACGGUCGCAGGGCAGAUGUGUGGAGCUGUGGAGUCAUCCUCUUUGCACUGCUGGUGGGAGCUCUACCCUUUGACCAUGACAACCUGCGCCAGCUCCUUGAGAAGGUGAAGAGUGGGGUGUUCCACAUGCCCCACUUCAUCCCCCCAGACUGCCAGGCCCUGCUCAAAGGAAUGAUCCAGGUCAACCCUGACAAGAGACUCACGCUAGAAGCCAUACAAAAACACUCCUGGUAUCUUGGUGGUCGUAACGAGCCGUGCCCGGAGCAGCCACCUCCCAGGCGUGUGUGUGUGAAGAGGAUCGUGUCGCUGACCGAGCUGGACCCCGAUGUGCUGGACAGCAUGCACUCGCUGGGCUGCUUCAGAGACCGGGGGAAACUGACCCAGGACCUGCAGUGUGAGGAAGACAACCAGGAGAAGAUGAUCUACUACCUCCUCUUGGACAGGAAAGAGCGUUACCCCAGCUGUGAGGAUGAAGACCUGCCCCCCAGGAACGAUAUAGAUCCCCCUAGGAAGCGGGUGGACUCUCCCAUGCUGACCCGUCAUGGCCGGUGCCGGCCGGAGAGGAAGAGCCUGGAGGUGCUGAGUGUGACGGAGCAGGGCUCCCCAACACCCACGCGCAGGGCGCUGGACACCUCCGCACACAGCCAGAGGUCUCGUUCAGUCAGUGGCGCUUCAACAGGGCUCUCGUCAAGUCCUCUCAGCAGUCCCAGGAGCCCAGUUUUCACUUUCAGCCAAUCAGAAGUCACCUCCGCCUCCACCACCCACUCCAAAGACCCCAAACCAGGAAGUGCCACCACUCCCCGGCCGUCACAACGGAUGACUGUGCCCGACCCCAAAACCCAGACCCUGCCCUCCAAAGGGCUCUCCGAUCGCACUCACCUCCAGUCCAUGAAGUCACUACCUCUCCAAGCUCCCCCCUCUGCGUCCCCCUCCCCCAUCCUCUCCCCCAUCCCUCGCUUCUUCUUUUUCCCCCGCCCCUCCGUCUUUAAGUCGGUCACUAAGAGCGUCUAUCCUAACUCUGCCCCUGUGCCACAGGUCACCCCUCAGGGGUCUCCACUCCCCACCCUGGGCACCCCCGUCCACCACCCCCAGCACCCCCGCCCACCCCCUCCCUCCUCCUCCUCUUCCUCUUCCUCCUCGCGGGCAGAGGGAGGUGGCGGGGGCGGAUCCCUCUCCCUAACCCCGCCCUCCAGCCCCGGAGGCAGCGGGGGGAUGGCCGCCAGUAGCUCCGCCCACUGGAGGACACGCCUCAACUCCUUCAAGAACAACCUGCUGGGUUCGCCACGCUUCCACCGCCGCAAACUGCAGGUUCCAACACCGGAGGACAUGUCCAGUCUAACUCCAGAAUCAAGCCCAGAGCUGGCCAAGAAGUCGUGGUUUGGGAACUUCAUCAGCCUGGAAAAGGAGGAACAGAUAUUUGUUGUCAUUAGAGACAAACCGCUUAGUUCCAUCAAAGCUGAUAUAGUCCACGCCUUCUUGUCUAUCCCGUCUCUGAGUCACAGCGUCAUCUCCCAGACCAGCUUCAGAGCCGAGUAUAAGUCCUCUGGUGGCCCCUCCGUCUUCCAGAAGCCUGUUAAGUUCCAGGUGGACAUCGCCUUCUCUGAAGGAGAGAGGGAGAGAGAGAGGGAGCGUGCCGAGAGGGAAGGAAAGAGGGAAACUGGCAUCUACAGCGUGACGUUCACUCUCAUAUCAGGUCCAAGUCGCAGGUUCAAGAGAGUGGUGGAAACGAUUCAAGCCCAGCUACUUAGUACUCAUGAUCAGCCAUCUGUGCAGGCACUGGCUGAUGAGAAGAAUGGGCAGCUGACCUCGCGUCCGCCCGGCACCCCGACCCGGCAAAACUCCCGACGUUCGGAAGGAGGCGGGGACCGGGGCGAGAAGUGUGAGCGUGGUGACGCAGGGAUAGGGGGCAGCGGGAGCGUGCUUCAGAGGAAGGGCUCGGGCAAAGACAAGACCAGACUCCUUUCCUCCAACGGGACACAGUCUCAGCCCUGAGGAAACAUUGUGGAAACAGACAUCAACAGAACAAGAUAGGGCAGACCGUUAGAGAGGGAUGACAUUAGAGAACAACACAGACAAAACCCCCUCAGACUACCACUACCGCCAUCACCACUACCACCGUCACAUCUACCGAACCACCUGACCCAGCAAUCAUCAUCACAAACCACUGCUUCAACCUGAAACGGGCCCGGCGAGAUAGUUGGCCACCAAGAUAGAAGAAAGAAAAGAGAGGACGAGGGGAAAACGCAGUGUCACUCAUGGACUUGCUUCAGAAGAGAAGCCAAGAUCAGAAACAUGUCUAAGUGUACAUUUGAAGUACAACACAUCAUGCAACUGUCAACAACAAUAUGGAGCCAGUAAAAUAAUCAGAAAGACUUAUAUGGGGAAAGGCAGGCUCCGAAUGGUUAAAGGAUAAAUAGAUUUUUUUUUAAGUUAUCCGGUCUACAACCAAUAAGAUGAAAACCUUUGUAGAAUUUCAGAAAUAAUAUCACGAAUUAUAACAGUGUUUCCCAGUUGGUGCGGAUCCACUUUUAAGUUUGACCUAACAUCCUUUUUUGGGGGGGGGGGGGGGGGUCAGUGAGAGUGAAAUAUUACGGGUCAAGUCAAUUUAGUGGCGGUCGGGGAAACGGACAGGUUGGGUCCUUUCACCGGAUUCUCAGUGACGAUAAGUUACGAGAACAGAACAGAAACCUGGUACAGAAACAUGGUACAGAAACAUGGAACAGAAACCUGGUACAGAAACAUGGUACAGAAACAUGGUACAGAAACAUGGUAGAAUUGAAGGUAAGGGUGAGGAAGACUGCAUCAAAAUCAGAGUGACGCGUCCGAUUGCAUCUUUGCAUCCAAGUCGCUCCAAAGACGUCAAUACAGCCAUUUGAACAAAAUAAAGACAAAUACCCGUUUGUCUCCAUAACGAAACACCACAAUUGUACGAUUCCUAAAAUACAAUUGAAACAAACUUAUGAAAACCAUCUUGCCUUGAAGUGAGGAUUCAGAAAAUGGAAAAUCUCUACGGAUAUCACCCAAGUUGAAGAAAAAGAACGGACAAGGCAUGGAAGAAUGUCUCAACGACCCCCCCCCCCCCUCCCACUACGACUGACAUCUGGAACACAGAGAGACUUCAAACAGAUGAGUGAACGACAUAAUUGGAAUCGUUCGAGUAAUUCGAAUACUGUGAAUGGAACCCUCAGCAGGUCCUCAGAAUGAGGUGCUCAGAUGAAGAUGUUGUGGUUCACAGGAAGUUACCGUCAUCAGUUGUGUUCAUUCCGAGAGGACUGGACCCAGCCCUCCACAUCCAUUAUUGUCUUCGACAGAAAACAACCAACCCUCCCUCCCUUACGUUCCCAGUAUGGCCGACAUGGGGCACUGAAUGAUGCGGCUUUUGAAAAGGCCCUAGACACCUAGACGGAUUUGUUCUGUUAAGAGAGCAGAAAGAGGGAGGGAGGGAGGGGAGGAGGUGGAAAAGCUCAUUUCAAGAAACAAAAAGAGAGACUUUGUCUUAAGGAUGACAGAGAGAAAGACAUUGAAACUGCUGCACACUCAUUCCCAGGAGAGGAAAGAAACACACCACACACAAAAAGAAUGAAAUCCAUUUCGUUUUUUGUUUCCUUUUUUCCUUUUAUGUGAUUUGAGCGCAAAUGAGUUUGAUGUUUGCCACCAACAAAAUGGAGGGUAACGCUAACCAAGUGAAUGUCAAAAACGAGAAACACUAUUGUAAAAGUAUUUUAUUUCAUUUGUCAUAGAUUUAUUUAAUAUUUAUUUAUGUAUUUAAUUGUUGAGUUAUAUAUUGUAAAGUGGAAAGGGAAAGAAUAGAGGGGAAAGUUCUGUUGGAAUAUUGGAACAGCAUUGAAACGGACAAAAAUGGCUGCUUGCAGUUGAAACCAGAUUGAACCGUUGUUGCCAGAGCAGGACAGAAAACAACCUCUUGUCCAAUCAUUCCUCAAUGUUUUAGAAACCAAUGCUGCAAAAAUCCUUCCAGAUCCUUUUUGAUGUUGUGUCUUUAUUGUUGAUUUGACUUUGUUUGGUAAUAAUGAAGAUCAUUUCCAGUUUUAAAGCAACAAAACAAAGCAAAAACAAAACACAUUUUAAGAAAUGAGCCAAGGAUAGAUGUGAUGCUUUGGGAAUUUCUGGGAUGGCAAAAAAAGAAAAAUGAAAAUCUUCCAUGAAGUAAAUAAAAAAUGAUUGCAUAUAGACACUUGAAAAAGCAGAGGAGAGCAGGAAAGGGUGGGGGUAGUAAUCUCCAAUUCCUUCUCUCUCACAUUCUGCUAGAAUGUUGUUACUUAAGAGUACAAAGAUAUGGACACGCCACAUAAAAACACUGACUGAGGGCCCAACCCCACGUGCAGAACACAAACAGUAUUCGCACACACACACGGAGAGAAAAAAAGAGAAUAAAAAAAACAACAAUUAAAAACUGGGCCUUAACAUUGGAACGCACUGUCCUAAAAGACACCAAACACGUAGUGGUUUCCCCCUACCAUCCAUUCGCCCUUGGCCACUGCCCCCCACUUCCUUCAUCACGACCCCCCACGUACCCCUUCCCCUUGCACAGAGCACCAAAAAGAAAGCGCAGGUUUCGUUCUAGUCCCUCGUCAUCAGUCGACGCCUUGUUGUCUCAUGCCACCGCCACUAAGCCCCUAUUAUCAGUCUCACUCUGCCUCACGUGACCCGCUGUGACCACGACACAGUAACUGAGACUCACCGCGGCACGGCACACCACGUCCCCAUCAGCCAUCAUCACACUUCAUAUCAGUCCCGAGUCAACACGCUGCUACCAUAGCACACAACUCCUCGUACAGCAAACAGGGGCGGUUCUGUAGCUAGGAGACGUAGAACAGUUGGUGAUUGUAACUCUUUACUUAGCGUACUCUCUGUCUAUUACGGCUGUACUGGAUACUUCCCUGGUGUGAAAUGGCCAUUUUACCAUGAAAUACGAAAAGAGUGGGUCUUCCUCUAUUUCCUGACCUGGGGCUCGUCUUGCUCCCCUUCCAACACAGCAAAGAACACGAUUAUGGCUUGUUGACUUUUCGUAGCUCACCUCUCAUUGUAGCUCACACCCUUCACUCAAGGCCUUUUGGCAGGAAUCAUGUACCCAUUUUCCCAAUAUCGUGCCGACUCGAACCGUACUGUGCUGUCUUGGAUAUUUUCCUUUCACAUUGUCCUUUCCAGCAUGGCGGAUGUGUAACCAUGCUGUCCGAGCUAGUCUCCAAUGAAAUGCUGCAUGACACUACUGGAAAGCAAUGUAGGGGGUGAUGACUGAAUGUUUAUUUUAUUUUUACUGCAUUAAUAUAGGUGGCAUAUGAAUCCAGCACCGUCCUGCACAGAAUAGUUGUUGUAAGAGUUUGCAUAGCCAGGAAUGAGUUUUGGCGCCUUAAGAUGAUUGCGUACGGAGGGAGGUACAUGCCUGUUAUAUUUGCUCGACCUGUCCGUUUGUGUGUCCUGUUCCGAGCCCUCAUCCUACUCCCCGCCACAUUCUAAUGCUAGGUCAGGGGUCAUGUGAAUGGGAGCGAGAUGUGACACAAGACGACCCCACAGUCUUUCAUUCUCCAUUACACUGUGCUUUAAACCAGAGGGGGGUAGUGGGAGACAGCGUUACCCCUACCUUUUGUAUAGGUGGGGUAGGCCUCUCCCUGCCUAUUUCUGUUGCUCCACGUCUAAAAGAGUUUGGCUUCUAUUGGUUUCAAUUGGCGUUGUCGAGGCCAAAGGGCCUGGACGUUGCUGUUAGUGAGAGCAUUGACGCCCCGACUAGGGGAAUCUAGGGGGGAAACUGUCUGGAGAUACAACUAGAGCGAAACCCUUCUUAGACAUUAUGUGUAAAUAACCGUUCAAAGUAAAUGAUGGGAUGGGGGGGAGAAGUUUGACCCCCAUUGCGGGUGAAUCUUACAACGAAAGGCCCCCUCUCUCUCCAACCAACUCAACCCCCUCCUUGCCCCCUUCCUACACCCUCAUUAUCUCUUUGUAUCUCUUCUUGAAUACCCCCCCCAAUCCUCUUAUCCAGAUGAAAAUACCUCAACCCCAGCCCAUCCUUAUAUAAUCACACCCCUCCCCAUGUGUCUGUCCAUUGUAUACAGUAUGAAACCAUGUCUCAAUUCUUUAUUCACCCUGUACUCACAAUAUGAUUAUUGUUGUCAUCAUUAUUGAUCAUUCCAAGAUUGUAAAACUAUUAUUCCCCCCCCCACUUCAUACACAGUAGAACAAAACAAUUCUUAAAAAUUCAAAACAGAAAUUUGGGGGAAAAACAACAUGAUGAGGAGGAUUAAAUAAGAAAUGUCUGUAUUAUAUAAAAAAUGAAAGUGCACUAUUAUGAUUAUUAUUAUUGCCUGUGAUAAAUAAAGAACAAUAAACUACA